AUGAUUUCAAGAAAUCUCGGACCGGAAUUUGGAUCAGCUGUCGGGUUUUUAUUCUACUUAGCAAAUACGGUUGCUGCAUCCAUGUACUUAGUCGGUGGUGUGGAAAUCUUACUGCUAUAUAUCUUCCCUGGAUUGACCAUCGGUGGGCCAGAGGUCCACACUCAAACAGGAGUAUUUGGCAUGAUGACACACAACCUUCGCUUCUACUCAACCGUACUUCUUCUUCUCGAAUUCCUUAUUGUCGCUAUGGGAGUGAAAUUUGUACAGAUGCUUGCACCCGUUUCACUCAUCUGUGUGAUCAUCUCUAUCCUUGCAUGCUACGCGGGUGGAAUUGCGAAAACAUUGAGCCCAGAUUCAGGACUAAAGGUAUGCAUGUACGGGGAUCAUCUAUUGCAGUCGAGAUUUUUGAUGCCAGAAGGCAAUGGGACUAUUUAUGACAUCUGUAAUUACUGUAACAUAAGCAAUCCUUUCUUGUACAAGAAUCUUUGCCCGGCUGAAAACUGCUCAGUAGACUCUUUUCCAAAUAUUAGAUGCAUCAAUGGUUUCCCCGGAUUCAAAAGCAACGCUUUUGUUGACAACUUUGGCUCCGCUUAUGUAGGAGCAUUCUACACCACUGUUGAAGACAAAGCCGAUUUGAACCGUGAUGUGUUCCAGGAUGUGCAAACAUCAUUUUGGUUGCUUCUUGCCAUCUACUUCCCAGCAGUCACUGGAAUUUUCACUGGUGCAAAUAUGAGUGGUUCGUUUAUCCUUUUUUUUCAUGUUUUUUCGAAUAACUUUUCGAAUUGACU